ACGAUGAGAGUGACUGGCCAAGUAGUGGAGAGGAAUGGACUCCAAAUUUACUUCUGGGUUCAAAAAAGAAAAAGGACACUUCUCAAGAAUGUGAACCAAUGAAUAAGAAGAAAAUGUCCAGUUUUGAUCCUUCGGUGACUAAACAGACGGCAAACAGGGGCUUAGUUAUGGAACUGGCAACUUCUGAGGCGGCCAGGAGGUAUCCUAUUCGUGAAAGGCCGAGACCGAAUUAUUCGGUUACUACACCAAUUCCAGAGGAUGACAGGUUUUUGUAUUGCUACGAUUGUGACUCUAGUAUCCUUGACGGCUGUUUGAUACACCCCGUGGAAUGGGUAGAAAACAAACCUUUGUCUGUCUGCGAGGAAGCAAAGGGGCGCGAUGUUCAGUUCCAGAAGGAAAAAUGUGUCUGCGGCAUAGCUUACUAUUUGCAUACAGCCCGAACCGCUCCCCGAGAUUGGAUAUACAUAUACAAAUCAGGAAUCCCUGGUGCAGGUUUUGGAGUGUGGACAAAUAGAGAAAUUAAAAGAGGAACAACAUUCGGACCAUAUGCUGGUGAAGUUGUGUAUCUGGACGAAAUGCGAGAGGAAGAACUAGUGAGGCGCUCCCGAGGGGGCUAUGCCUGGUUAGUUCGACAGAACCUACAGGGCAUGAAAAGUCAUUUGGUUGAUGCCCGGAAUCCAGUACAGUCUAAUUGGUUACGCUUUGUCAACUGUGCGCGUUUCGACGAAGAACAAAACCUUGUGACAAUCCAAUAUAGAGGAAAAAU